AUGAACAACGUGGAUGAGCUCGAGGUAUCCCUGGAGUUGAAAAGGUUUCUUAAGCCUCAACAGGGAACCACAUACAAAGAGAACUCUAAAUUCAUAUCGAAUGUUAUGAAAGGAGCGCGCAAAUUGAUGACAUUGAUAGACAGCCUACAUGAAAAGCUUGGGCACCGCGCCUUUGAGUUGCCGCUUCACUUCUCCCCUUCUUUUUCCGACCUAAGUCGGCUCACAAACCACGAUAUCAUCCAUAUCGAAUCAGCUGUUGAGGCUUGGAAUGCAACAAAUGAGAUCCAGGCGUACAAGCCUCUUUCUAUUGCGCUCCUGCUACAGCUAUGGCGACCAAAUAAAAGCCUCGGUCAGAUCGGGGAGUCUCUCGGGAUACGCCUCUUUGAUCAAGCAGAGCCAAACAAACUCUCAGAGGCAGUUAAGCAGGCUGAGGCACGUAGGCAGUCCCCAACCUUGGCAAUAGGGCCUAUGUCGCACUCUGAUGAAGAUGGAGAGGCCGGUGGCCUGACAAUAUCCCAAUUGAUGCAAAAUUCAUAUGCGGAUACGGAAACGCUUCCAAGUCAAGAUGUUGGUUUGGAACUCGAUGAUGAGUGGUCAUAUGCAUUCCUGGCCAGGUAUAUUAGUACAAACGGCCAAUCCGAGCAUUCCAGUUUCUGA